AUGAUGCACAAAGUCAAAGAUGUCGUUUCGAAACUUCUUCAUCCUUCUUUCUUGUUUUCUGCCAGCGGUGAUACGACUCGUCCAAAACGAAAACGAUCCAUAUCUGUUGAAGAAAAUGUUGAUGAAAAACAGCCCGAAACAACGACGACGAACUCUACAAUUACCACCAAUGGUCAUUCUACGGUGUCGAAAACAAAAUAUCAUCGUCGACCGAUAACUCAUGAAGAACCGCAGUUGACCGAUGAUGAAGAGAAUAGCAACAAUGUGAAUGGUCGAGAUGCGUCACCUGCUGAACAAGAUGUGCCAGAAAUUGAACAGCAGAAGAAGAGACGUCGUACAGCCAAUUAUCAACAUAUUAUUUCGACGACAACUAUCAAUGGUAAUCAUAAUGAUGAUGAGCGACUCUCUUCAUCUUCAGCUACAGCGAACAGUGUUGGUUCAUCGUUAAAUCGUCAAAUAAUAGAUAAUGGAGCGCCUACAUCGAAUACGACACCUGUUCUUCUUCAAACACCCAAUGAACAAAAUCAUAAUGAAGGAAACAAUCGAUCGACAUUGUCUAAACAACGUUUCAAUAUCCCAUCAAUGAAUCGAGGAAUAACACCUGCAUAUGAUCUAUCUCAAUCACCUUUAUUUUCUGUUGGCGUUCGAAAAACUACUGAGACAAACGGCAUGUCACCAAGUCGAACUUCUACAAAUUUCAAAUCAAAUACGAACGAUUUUUCCGCUAAUUAUUUAUUAGCAACAGGCUUAGCUAAUCGAUCACAAACAAUACAAAAUACGUCGCAUUCGCCUUCUACUUCUACUUUAACUAGUCGCUUAUUAUCGAACGAGCGGCAAAUGUUCGGCGUUAACUAUUCAUCAAUCAAUUCACGCCGUUUGCCUUAUAUUGAAAGACUUCGACGACGAACUUUACAAGAUUGUAUACGCCUGAAUCGAACGCUUGAUAGUGAACCUUUAUCUAUAUCUACAAUAGAAGAACAUACCUCGUCAGCAGCUGCGUCUCCAUUACGAAAAUCAAUUAAAGUACCAGAGAAAGAAUGUGGCAUCCAAUGUAACAUUUCGACUGUCGAUGGUCCAUCAGAACCAAGCAGAAAAAUUCAACGUACUUUUCCACCGCCAGAUAUCCGAAAUGAAGCACUAUCAGUACCAACAACUACCGAAAAGACACAAUCGAGUAUUCAAACAGACUCACCACUUCAAACGAAUAGUUCAAUUACAAUUGGUCCAUCAAAAUUUACCAUUGAUAUUAAUAAACCAAAGGUUCUUGGAAAUAUCACGCCAUUUUCAUGGCCAAAAUUCGCUCGGGCACAAUUAGCAUUUGAGAAAAACUUUCCAGAAAAAUGCCGUAAUGAUCCUAUACCAACACCAGCACCGAAAGCACCUGCUCCACCUACCAUUGAGAAAACUACGAAUUCUACGCUUUCAGUUGUUUCACAAACAAAUACUACCAAUAAUACUACGCCGAAAACGCCAAUAUUUGGUGUUUCUCCACCACGUGCGACUAAACCAAUUGCAGGACCAAUCUGGAAAUGCCCCUCAUGCUCAAUGGAACAUCCAGCUCAAACUGCCUCGUGCUCUCUUUGUCAUACAAUUAACCCAGAUUAUAAACGGCAAAGUGUAAUGGAAUCCACAACAUCAUCAUCGGUACCAACAACAGCAUCAGUGCGUAAGACACCAGAUGUUGUAAUCAUUGAAGAAUCCAGUACAACGACAUCCGUGACCACUGCACCACCUACAACUACUACGAAAGAAAAUAUCUCAUUCGUUCCACCACCUGCCACAACAACUACAACUGCUCCUUCCAUGAUAAGCACUGCUGGUCCAUUGUUUGGUGCUACGACAGCAACUGGUUCUCUAGCUUCUACUGGUACUCUUCCAAUAUUUGGAACAAUACCGGCAGUAGUCAAAGAAAGCACUACAAUUAGUACAUCAGCAAGCACCAGUGUUUCGUUACCUUCCAUAAUAACGACACCAGCUACUCCGUCAUUCGGCAUAACAACAACUUCAACAGCAUCUGCCACGGCUUCUACCAGUAGUCCUUUUCAAACCGGUACUAGUAGUACUCCAGCAUUUUCAUCGUUUGGCACAGGAGCACUAUCGAGUAGCACUGCUGCGACAACUAGUACUGCGCUUACGCCGUCAAUUACGGUAACUCCGACAACAUCAUCAUCCGUGUCACCAGUCAAAGUAACAACACCCAUCACAUUUGGCUCGUUCGGUAGUACACCAGUAACAACAACAGCUGCAAUUCCUUCAACAGUCCCAUCGGAUAAAGCACCUCUGUUUUCAUUUGGUGCCAGUUCGUCAUUUUCACCAGCAGCUGCAGCACCAGUACCAGCAACAACAACAACAGCAGCGGCGGUUGCGCCAGUUUCCUCGGUUGCUCCAAGUCUAUUUGCUUUUUCAUCAAAUAUAACUGCACCAGUUACCACAAGUGCUUCGGUAACAUUACCAAUUUCUUUGGCACCAAGCGGAUUUUCGUUUCCCAAUGCGUUCCCAUCAGCAUCAGCCUCUCCUAGCACGGCAACCACAACAACAACAACUCCCAAUACUGCAAUAACAUCAACGCCAUCUCUGUUCGGUACUGGUUCAUCAUCCUCAUCAUCGUCAGGUUUCAGUUUUCCAUCUGCCGCUGCAGCAACGACAUCAACGACUUCAUCAGCAUCUCCCUUCGCAUUUGGUGCCUCCAGCGCAUUAAAACCAUUCGCUCCUUCGGUUACUUCAACAAGUGGUGCAUCACCAGUACCUGCUUUCGGGGCAACUGCUUCGUUCGGUGCAUCUCCAACAGUAACAACCGACAAACCUUUGACUUCAGGUCCAUCGUUUUCCAGCUUUGGUGCUUCACCAAAUACAUCAUCAUUGUUUGCUUUUGGAGCUGCACCCAGUGCAACAAGUAAUCCUGUACAAACAUCAGUCGCUCCAUCCCCAUCAUCUAGUGGAUUCUCAUUUGGCGCACCUGCAACAACACCAACAAUGCCUGCUUUUGCUGCUAGCCCAUCAACAAAUACAUUCGGUUCAGUACCUUCAUUCAGUUUUGGUGGAACUCCAGCUGCUCCUACAAGUAACACGCCAUUCCAAUUCUCUGCGUUUCCUGCAUCAGCGGCGUCUAGCUCAUUUUCUUCUGGUUUUUCAGCAACUACACCAACUGCAGUAUCUGAAAAUAAUCCUUUCAGUGUCAGUGAUGAUUCGACGAAUAAACGUCAAAUGAUUAAAGCUAGACGCAGAAAUAAAUGA